AUGGUUGCUGCGGUCGAACGGAGAAGGAUUUUCGCGCUGUUGUGGGAGCACAAAUAACAUCCGGUGUUGGGGAGGUUUUCUAAUAAAUAGAACCGAUAAACGUGGUGCACUGUAUUAAACAGCAAAUAAAAGUCUUCGACCGCGCCGAAGACUACAGGAGUGGGAGAGCUGCAGCGUCCGUGAAAUUCCUCGUGACGCAUAGCAACACGCGCACAGCGAGUAAUAUAUACGCAACACCACAAAGCAAAGCGCAAGCAUGAAAAUCUGGACAUCAGAGCACGUCUUUAACCAUCCGUGGGAGACCGUAGCACAGGCCGCCUGGCGCAAAUACCCCAACCCCAUCAACACAGCCGUCAUCGGCACCGAUGUGGUGGAACGAAGGGUCGUCGACGGUGUCCUGCACACGCACCGAUUGGUCAGCUCCAAGUGGUAUUUCCCACAGUGGGCACAAAAGCUCAUUGGUUCGCCGAACGUUUGUUACGCGAGCGAAAAAUCGACCGUUGAUCCAAAGGAACGGUUGAUGACGCUGAAAACGAUCAACCUCACCUUUGGCAGCUUCCUUUCAGUGUACGAAACGCUCAGCUACGUUCCACACCCGACAGAUCCGUCGAAAACGCUGCUAAAGCAGGAAGCCACGGUACAGGUCGAAGGCGUCCCGCUGAACCGGUACAUGGAAGAUGUGCUGACGAAAAAUAUAAGCACCAAUGCGGGCAAAGGGCGCCAGGGACUGGAAUGGGUGAUAGGAAAGCUAAAUGCUGAGAUGAAAGAACUGGCCAACAGUGCGGCAAACAGUACGAACGAAAUUCUUACACAGACCAAAAAAUCGCUGGACGACAUCACGGACCAGGCCCGGAAGAGCAUGGACGAACUGAGUGCCACCGCUCAAAAGAUACACAUAUAGUAACAAA